AUGGAUCUUAAAAUUGAAAAAAAGGAGGAAGCGGAAACGUGGCUCAUCAAACCACUUCCAGGUUAUGUGUGUAAAUGGAAGGAUGUAAAAAUCAAUGGAAUUGUAAACGAUGAAUACCGAAAGUGUUUUGUAAAUGUAUGCCAUUGCGAGCAAUUACCGCCACCAAUCGACGAUUUUGAUCAAGAUGAAAUUGCUGCUCAAUUAGAUGCUGGAAAUCCGUCAUUUCGAAUUCCGAUGAGUGUUGGCGAAAUUGACUGCGUGAAAGAUCAUAGUGAUGAAAAUUCGAUCAAGAUUGAUGUUUUGGUAAACAGCACAUUCUAUAAAAAACGACUAGCGUCUCCAAAUGACGCAUUCUUCCGUCAUCUCCUUUGUCUAAUUUUCUGCGAUCUUGUGAAGGAUAGACACUCCAUUGACUUAGACCCAUUGAAACCAAUCGUUCUUCGCAAUCGUGUUUCAGUUGGAGAACUUGAAGUACAAAAAAUUCACAAAAAACCAGAAAAACAGAUUGUCGAAGAAAUGUAUCAGGAAGAUAAAGUUAGAAUGGAGAAAGAAGAAAAAAAGCAAGUUGGAAAUGAUGAUGUUGCUGAAAUGAAAAAUGAGAUGUUUGGCCUGAAACACAUUGAUGGAACAAGAAUACGACUUUUUGAUGGUGACAGACUCGAAAUCAGUAUGCGAUGUGAACUUAAUGGCGAACCAAUCAAAGAUCCUAGAAGACUAGAACUCCAACUCAACCCCACUCGAUGCUUGGUAACGUUGGAUAAAAGUCGCAGCCUUUAUGAUUUCGGACUCCCAUUUCACAUCAAUCCGUCCACAGCCAAAUCCAAAUUCAACCACGAAAAAUUCACACUAGUGGUUUCAGCAAACAUUCUGUUGUGAUACUGUAAUCUCGCGUUUCUUCUAGAUCUCUAUUGUUGAAUGCCGUUGUUUUUCUACUUGUUGAUUUUGUUCCCAGUUUUGGAAUUUUUCAGAUUUGUUUUACUGAUUAAAAUUUAAAAA